AUGCCGACCAGUACAAAUCUACACCACGAUAACUUCAGAUCGAGUUCCGCUUUGUGGCUUCGGUCCGCGCAAAGCCAUACCACUGUCGCUGAUACUGCUACGCCAUCCCCCUGGGGCGUAACGUUGGAUCGACAGCGAGCACGAACAACCCUCGCGAUCUCCAAGAGCCGCCCCAAGCGUAACCACCUCGCGGGCUCGGCCAUUCCACAAGCAAUUAGUCGUCACAUUCUGAGUCGCCCCCAGAAGAGAAUGGCAGCGAAAGAUAAGAAAGUAACGACCUCUGGGACCGAAAACGACCGGCCUAGCAUCGAGGACCUCGGUGAAAUCUUCGACGAGAUCACUCGAGAACGCUUGGGACGGCGCGAUCCGAUAACCCGAAGAUGGCAACGAAAGACCUGGGCUUCCCCGAUCUGGGCCAUAAAGUCAGGACAUUACAACAUGCAAAUGCUUCCCCACGAGACGACACCAACUUCCAAUGAUCGCCGACGUGGACCAUUUGGUACAUAA